AUGGCGUCAUUGAACUCAAUUGAGAAGCGAAUGUGCUCGGAGUCUCAGUUAAGCGCUGCAGAACGACGCAUCGACGACUUGAAGAACCAUGUCUUGUCACUCCCGACGCACUCGGACUUGCACUCGAUGGUGGAGCUUACGAAUCAACGCACACAGGAAGUACGGUCCAUGCUGCUUGAAACAUCUGGCAAGCUGCACGUCGCAGCUGAACAUCAAGCAAAUCUGGAACUGCGUCUAAAAAUCUGUGAGGAAAGUCUAGAGGAAAGAGAGCGGAGUUUGAGCCGCGCCAUUCAUGGUCAAAAGAGCCGUGUGGACGAUGCUCUACAGAAGCAGUGGCAGACUGUCAAGAACCUGGAAGAACCCGUUCGCAGCGUGCAAAGCGAAGUCGGGGUGCAGUCGUCUUCCGACGAAGGUAAAGAGAGAUUUUUGAUCCACUGCUCUCAUUUAUUACGUAGACCAGCGUUGACGGCAUCGACUCAGAAGCAAGAGGCCGAGGGUAAUCCGCACUCUGGAUCAAGUCCUCCUCCUGUAUACGGUCGUCGAGGCAGCAGCCGUACUCUACCCCUCCCUAUCUCUUCUCUGGUGUACCGCAGACCCGCGGUAGGUGAACUGACGUCAGCUAAGGCAGGUUUUGCCUCUCUGUUGCGUGAGCGAAGGUGUCGAUGUAUACCAUUUUCUGCAUCGUGCCCUAAUCUGCGCUACCCACACAGAAGGAGCAUCACCUGCCUGGCUUCCCGUUGUACCGUGCAACACGGGUCCGACUGCCUCGAUUCAUCGGGACUCAGUCUCUGCUCACGCCCUUGCUGUAGGAACGAUCUGAAUACAACUGCGAGAAGGCAUUUUGUCUGUGCGCGAGAAGCUCCGCUGCCCGUGGAGGAAAAUCACCCAAAUUCGGUAGGGACUCAGUGGUUACUUCAGAGAGAACAUGACGAACCCCUUCGGGGUCUGGGGCAGCGUAUGCUGCAGACUUUGCAACACGAGCGUAUUGCUAAGGCCGAUCCCGGUGUUGACAGAAAUGAAUUAGGACAGCGGAGUCAUGUGGAGUCGGUACCGAAUCUAAAGACAGUUUCCCUCACUCUUAACGCUGUUCCGAAGCAGGUGGCAGCGAAAGAGGAUGCCACAACAGUUCGACGACUGCCGGCAGCACUGACAGAUUCUCCGUGCAUAUCAGCGGCUGAUCGAGCAUCUGUUGGCUAUCUAAAGAAGCUGACAAAGCGCCUUGUGCCAUUGCACCAGUUUGAGAAACUAGAGGCGGAAUUCGACAGCUGCGCCGGAAAGCUCAAAGAGGCCGUGGCACGGAUCGAACGAAAAUACACAGUUCUCUCUCAAGCUCUUCAAUCGAAAGUUCGUGCUCGGGUCAACAGCCUUUCAGAAGCUCUGAAAAAAGAGUUUCUGCGAACACAUGACGUUUCCAUGAGGUCCUUGCAACAGCAGUUUCGCGCUCUAGCGAGCGAUGUGAAGGAAUUGAAGCUGAUAGUACUGCCGUUCCCAAAUCUGAAGCGCAGUUCCGUAGAUCAUAACUUCUUGAUCCGCAAACCCCCAUGUGACCCCGUGGAGGCUUUUCAACCUGAAACACCUGAAAUCACUUCUCGCUUUCGCGAGACUGGUGACUGUUUCUCCAACUGCCUGUUCGUUGUUGACUCUCCUGUGCCCUCGAACGAGAAGGACGAACAGCAUAGCGUUGGACAGGGCUCAGGAAGGGAACCCACACCCCGUACAUCAGUCAGACAACAGAACGCGCCAUCAAGUGUUCCCUGCGAUAGUCAAUACAAUGCUUUCCGCGGGAGAAGGCAGCUUUCAACAAGGAGCAACAAUGUUGCCCCACCUGCUGCAAAACACACUGUUACCUUUCCCUGCGUCGUGCAACAGCUUACAUGUAUGCGACAGCGUCUGGAAAAAACGGAAGAACACGUGCACGAGUUGCAGAGGGUCCAAGAAGCGUGUGUGGCUACUCUUGAAGCGGGCAGGUCCGACAUAGCGGAACUGCAACUCGCUAUGGAAGCAACGGAGAACAAAUUUGCUCAGCAAUUGAUAGCAUGCAAGAGGGACCUAGGGCAAGCUGCGGCUUCUGAGCAAGCCAGAGCUCUACGAGACGUCCAGAAGCAUUUAGCGGAAACAAUGGGGAAGUGCUUGGAAGCACACGGCCAGAUCGAGAACAAAAAACUGGUACAACUGCACCACUUUCGGCAAAGGGCCGACGAACAAGGCACACAUUAUGCGAAAGUAGUCAAACACUUGGAAGAAAAGCUCACACAGUUGGAAACACUCGGAGACAGAGUGGCAAAACAGUGCGAGGAAGCGACAGCUAAGACAGACAGACUGUGCCACGAAACCAUGAUGCAGCGGAAGGCCUGUCAAAUGAUGCAAGUCCAAAUGCACCGUAGCCAACAACAGCUUCAAAUCGGCCUUCUCAGGCUAGCAGAGGAAUGCAAGGGCGACAGCCAACACCUGAAAGCUGAGCAAAUUCACACUAGAACAGAGCUGCAAGCGGCCCUGGUCGACUUCCGUGUCCUGCGAGAACAACAGCAGGACAAUCAAGAUCAGCUCAAGCAGCUCCAAGACCGAUGCGCGGCAGGUGCUGUUUCUCCAGUUGAAGACACCGUCGCGAAGCUCUCUGUCAAGGUGGAGUGGUUGAAGGCGGAACUGCAGAAGCUACUCCUUUCGGACACACGCAGGCUGCACGAGCGGACAGAGUCUCUGGAGCCAAUAGAAGAACUACUGAACUCGUCGUUCCCAACGCAGAACCGACGCUCAGAGGUAGAGGUGUUCAGAGCACAGCCAGCCUUUACGCGUUCGGCAAACACGGGACCACUUCCCAAAGUGGCGAAAAGCGAUAAAGCCACCGAGCGAGAGGAUUGUAGAUUGCAGGAGCAGCGACACAAUGUGAGACGCCUGCGUACUGACGAAGCUUCUCGACAGGCUCUGACUUCUACAGUUGGAGAUCCCGCCAAUGUUUCUGAGACCAGUGAUGCAGAAAACUGCGUUGGGCGAUGGAUCUGA